AUGGCAAGCUCCAGCCACCCCGGCGCUCUCUUUGAGGAUCCUCGCCGCGUGGAGCUUAUCAACGAGAUUGCCAAAGCAUUCAACACCUUGGCAUUUGAGGGAUCCGAUGAUACCAUAGAAUCACUUAGGGAUUGCUACGGCUGCCUAUGGCUCGCAGAUCUGGAAAGGCUGGAUGGUUUGGUUUCUCAGUAUCUCCCGCAUAAUCCUCGUGGCCUCCUGGGCCUGCUAAGAUUCACGGAGGUAGAGGGCAACAUAAUCGAUAGAUGGACCCAAAGGGACAAAAGGCCUGCAUCAAGAGCUCCAUCCGCUCCGGCUACACCUGUGAAGACGGAAGUACCCAACACAGUCCUGUCCUCCACCCCUGUCAUCGCUGGGCCGAGCGCGGACGAAGGUUCUCCUAGUACUCCACGAACCCUGAAGGUGGUGACGCUCCCAUCAUCGCCAGAGGGGUCCGGUAAGGGGCGGAAAAGAAAAGGGGAGCCGCUGAGCCAGCCCUGGGGAAAGCCGCCUAGAAGUGAACCCGCCAAGCGCGACUGUCGUUUGCGCGAUCAGACCUGUAUUCUGACGAAGUGCAGAAAGGACAUAUGCCAGGCGUGCCAUUUGUACCCCUACUGGAUGAGUGACCCGAAUACUAAAGGCGUCAAACAAUUUUUUAACGCUCUGAGGGAUUUUUGGUCUGCUGAGAAGGUGGAAGCAUGGCACAAUGCCAUUUAUGGACAUGUUCUCGGGACUGAAAGGGCCGCAAACCUCAUACUUCUCUCCCCCAACGCCCAUGAGCUGCACACCAGGGGAUACUUUGCGCUUGAGCCUGUCGAGGAAGAUCCAGAAGGCAAGUGGAUCACGGUGAAGAUUUGGUGGCUGAAGCAACAUACAGGUGUUGAUUUCAACAUUGUUCCGCAGCUUCCACCAAAUCAGCACCCAGGAGAGUAUGAGGUUGGGCUCCAUAAUAUCCGCGACGAUAAACCACUCCUGUCUGGUGACCCGAUCACUCUUGAGACCCCUGAUCCAAUUAAUUAUCCCCUGCCCGAUUUUCGGAUCCUCGAAUUGCAGUGGAUCCUUAAUCGCGUGCUUGCCCUAAGGGGAGGGGCGGAGCCGAAGGACCUGGAAGAAUAUGAGUCAGAUGAAGACUCUGCUGACGAACUGGAGUAUUUCGCGAGGCCCGUGUUGCAAUCGCCAGAGCUUCCUGGCCCAUCCUCUCCGCCAUCCUCUCUCACGAAUAUCGCCAACGAUGAGCCCAAGGCCAACCCCGUGGUCGCGACGACCGAUAGGCUCGAACAAGGGCUCAUCGAGGAGUAG